UGAAUUUGUAUCUCUGUUUGUUUGAAAUUGUUCCAUUACCGCUCACUGUUUUUGACGUUUUUUUUUUUAUUCGGGAUUUGUUUUUCCUUAUUUUGAAUCUAGUCGUAUAAAUGCAGAGUCUCUUCUUUAUUAUGGAAUUUGCAUUUGGUGUUUAAUGAAACCCUAAACAAAAUACAUGUUUUGUCACUAGGUUCUAACAAAUAUUGUAACACUGUUUUCACUCCAAUGACGAAGAAGAAGAAGAACGGUUGCAAAGUGACCUGUAAUCAGGAGCUGAAAGAGGAUGAUAAUGUUGUGCACGAGCAAGAAGAAGAGGAGAAGCCAUCUCAGAAGAAGGCAGGUAGUGAAAUUGAUGAAAUAUUCGCUGGGAAAAAGAGAAAGAAAUCUGAUGAUGAGAAAACAAAUAACAAUAAGAAGAAGAUGAAGAAAAAGAAGAAGAAGACCAAAGAGCAAGAUGAUAAUGAUGAUGGUGGCUUUCUAGACAAACCUUCCCGAUCAAGAAAGAAAACCAGUGAUGGACUCACAAUCUACACUGAAGAUGAGUUGGGCCUCAAUAAGGCAGAUGCUGGAGGUACUCCGCUCUGUCCAUUUGAUUGUUCUUGCUGCUUUUGAUGCUUUGCCGGAAACUUUGCUCUGUGAUUCUGACCCUUUCUACUUGGAUGCAUUGCCUUUUUUCUUUCUUAUUAUACUUUUAGUAGGAUCAAAAUAGGGUUCAGGUUACCUUGUGUUGGGAUCAGUUGGAAUUUUGGAGCAGAGUUACAAUAGCUCUCGUUGUUGUCCUUCCUCUGUAAUGUAAUUGUGUAUGCAAUUAUGCAUAGGUAUUAGUAAUUUAUUAAUGAAAUAGUGGAAAAUCUUUUGAAGUCCUUAAUCUCAUUACAUUCAACUCUUUUCUUUUUCUUCCCCUUUUUAUAGAAUUUCUCAUGUUCAAUUUGGAUGUUGUUCUUAGUUCUUACUGCUUAAGUAAUGCGCCAAAGCAAUAUCUGUUAUGUACUUACUAUAGUUUCUAUAGGCAUUGGUUUUAGAAUCUGUUUCUGAAUCUUUAUAGACUGAUGAUUCCCAGAAAGCACAUUCAUUUUGUUUGGUGGUA